AUGGAGUUACCCUUCGAGUCCAAUGCCUCCCCUACGUACGAGCUCGUAAUGAUUACGCAGUUUUUCCAUCAGCUCUCAGCAGCCACAAUAGUCGGUGUAAUUAAUGCCUUAAUUGUCUCACUGAUUCUUCACGUAGGUGGGCAAAUCGAUAUAAUGUGCCGAGGGUUGGUAGAAAUCUCUUCAGACGAUACGUUCGACUUGCAAACCUCGACCAUCAAAGCUCUAAUACGUCGACAUCAAAGAAUUAUCGCGCUCUCAGCCGACAUCGAGACUCUUUUUUCAUACAUAGCUCUGAUGCAAUUCCUGUGGAACACUUUGGUCAUCUGCUGUCUCGGAUUUCUAAUUGUGACUUCGAUCGGCGACACACAAGGAUCGACAAUGUUGAUUAAAUCCUUCUUUUUUUACGUUGUCAUCACUUUGGAGGCAUUCAUAUUUUGUUAUGCUGGAGAAUAUCUUAGUGACAAGGGCAGAAUGAUCGGCAAUGCAGCGUACGAAACUAAGUGGUACAAAUUAAAUCCCACGCAGAGUCGUAUUUUAUUAUUGCUAAUUUUAAGAUCACAAAGAAAGUUAACUAUUACGAUCGGAAAAUUUAUGGAGCUCUCCCUAGAACGUUUCACUCAAAUCUUUCAGUAUCAACACGUAAUCGUGCAUUUUGAAGAGGAGGAUUUAAUGAUCCUCAUGGACGCCCUAAGCGUAACUUUCGCUUAUACUCUUUUGCUUAUCAAAAUGCUUAUUUUUGCAUUUAAUUCUCGUCUGCUGAACGAAAUCAUAACAUGUAUGAUCAAAGAUUGGAAGGAAUGCGAUAUUUCGGAUGAGUACACGAUGACCAGAAUAGCUUAUGUAUCUCGUUGGGUCUCCAACAUUAUAAUUUGCUCGCAUAUGACGUCAGUUUUCCUCUACGCGAUAGGUACAAUAAUGAAGAUAAAAAAUGAAAAUCAAACCGAUACUCGAGAGUUGAUCAUCAAAAUGGAGAUACCUUUUAAGAUUGAGAGCACAUCAGUACACGUAGCUGUCCUUGUUACUCAAUUUAUUCAUCAGACGAGUGCGGCUGGUAUGGUGGGCGUAAUAAAUUCCUUGUUAAUAAUACUGAGUGAAAUGAUCGGCGACUCGGCGUACGAAUCGUUUUGGUAUGAAUUGAGUCCUAGUCAAAAUCGAGACAUCUACAUUAUGAUCAUAAGAUCCCAACAAAACUUGACGCUCACGAUAGGAAAAGUUAUGGAACUUUCUUUAAUGAAUACUGAAAUAAAAUCAGCGAAUACCAUAUGUCGCUCCGUGGAGUUCGGUCUUCGCAUGAUCGGUGUAUGGCCGGAUACAUCGUGUGCAAUUUUCCGCAGAGUAUGUUGCAUAUUUUCGAUGAUAAUAUUUCAGACCUUUCAAUAUUGGUACUUGAUCAUGCACUUCGGCGAGAGCAAUAUUUUCUUACUCAUGGAUGUGAUAAGCGCAACUCUGACUUAUAGUCUCGUGUUUGUCAAACUGAUUAUUAUCAUAUUCAACGUUCGUCUGUUGGACGAUAUGAUAGCACAUGUGGUCGAGGAUUGGAAAAAGCGUGAUGUUUCUGACGAAUACACGAUGAAUAGAAUGGCUUAUGUCUCUCGAUGGUUUUCCAAUUUGAUAAUCUGUUCGCACGCAGUAUCGGUAUUCUUCUAUGCGAUUGGCACUUUGUUGGCGCACAGAAACAGCAAUCAAACUGAUACUCGAGAGCUCAUUCUCAAGAUGGAGUUACCUUUCGAGAUCGAAACCACAUCAGUAUAUCUUAGCGUUCUCAUUACGCAGUUCGUUCAUCAGGUAAGCGCUGCCAGUAUGUUGGCUGUGCUAAAUUGCUUGCUGCUAACAUUGUCUAUUGGUGUUCCGGGUGGAUCGCCUAUGCUAGUAAAAUCCGUGUUCUUUUACAUUCCAGUCAAUUUGGAGGCAUUUAUAGUUUGCUUUCUUGGAGAAUAUCUCAGUACUAAAAGCAAAAUGAUUGGCGACGCGGCGUAUGAAGCGCUUUGGUACGAAUUGAGUCCGAUUCAGAAUCGAGAUAUUCUCUUUAUAAUUGUAAGAUCACAAAAGUAUUUGACGCUAACGAUCGGAAAGGUCGCUGAACUUUCGCUAAAACAAUUUGCUAAUAUCAUGAAAGCCUCAGCGUCAUAUAUGUCGGUGUUACACUAUUGGUACGUGAUCUUGCGUAUCGGAGAGGAGGAUCUCUUACUCCUCAUGGACGUAUUAAGCAUAACUGUGGCUUACAGUCUCGUACUAAUCAAAUUGAUUAUUUUUGCAUUCAAUGCUCGUCUGCUGAACGAAAUCAUAGCACACACAGUUGUUGAUUGGAAGGAGCGCGAUGUUUACGACGAAUACACGAUGACUAGGAUGGCGUACAUCUCUCGUCGGUUCUCCAACUUCAUAAUUGCUUUGUACGCGCUUUCGGUGUUCCUUUAUGCAACCGGUACUUUGUUGAGGUUUAAAAGUAAUAAUCAGACUGACACUCGAGAACUUCUCCUUAAAAUGGAAUUACCUUUUGAAAUCAAGAGCACAUCGAUGCAUAUAGCUGUCUUUGUUACACAAUAUGUUCAUCAAACAAGCACAGCCAGUAUGGUGGGCGUGAUCAAUUCCUUACUAAUAACAUUAAGCCAAAAGAUCGGCGAUGCUGCGUAUGAAAUGCUUUGGUACGAAUUGAAUCCGAAUCAAAAUCGACAUAUUCUGAUUUUGAUCAUAAGAUCGCAGAAACACUUGACGCUCACGAUCGGAAAAGUCAUGGAUCUUUCCCUCAAGCAGUUCGCUAGCGUUCUUCAUGCAUGUGGACGGAUUGAUAUAUUGCGGCAGAAACUGAGUAAAAUUACACGGAAGAAUACCAAGGAACAUAUGAACGAUAUCGCAAAAAUACUGAUUAUUCGGCACCAAAAAAUUAUUUCCUUCUCCAAAAAUAUUGAUACUCUCUUCUCAAACAUAGCGCUAACAUAAUUCGUGUCAAUUACUUUAGUCCUCUGCUCCGUAGGAUUUAUCAUGAAAUUUACUUGUUUUAGCAAAAUGAUUGGCGACGCGGCGUAUGAAGCGCUUUGAUACGAAUUGAAUCCAAUUCAGAAUCGAGAUAUUCUCUUUAUAAUUGUAAGAUCACAGAAAUAUUUGGCGCUAACGAUCGGAAAGGUCGCUGAAUUUUCGCUAAAACGAUUUCCUAAUAUUUUUCAAUAUUGGUACGUGAUCUUGCGUUUCGGAGAAGAGGAUCUCUUACUCCUCAUGGACGUAUUAAGCGCAACUAUGGCUUACAGUCUUCUGCUAAUCAAAUUGAUUAUUUUUGCAUUCAAUGCUCGUCUGCUGAACGAAAUCAUAGCACACACAGUUGUUGACUGGAAGGAGCGCGAUGUUUACGACGAAUACACAAUGACGAGGAUGGCGUACAUCUCUCGUCGAUUCUCCAACUUUAUAAUUGCUUUGUACGCGCUUUCGGUGUUCCUGUAUGCAACCGGUACUUUGUUGAGGUUUAAAAGUAAUAAUCAGACUGACACUCGAGAACUUCUCCUUAAAAUGGAAUUACCUUUUGAGAUUAAGAGCACAUCGAUGCAUAUAGCUGUCUUUGUUACACAAUAUGUUCAUCAAACAAGCGCAGCUAGUAUGGUGGGCGUGAUGAAUUCCUUGCUAAUAACAUUAGUUCUUCAUGUGUGCGGACAAAUUGACAUUUUGCGGCAAAAAUUGUGUGAAAUCACGCAAAAGGACAUCAAGCGAGGUGUAAACAACAGGAUUAUGAAAAUGUUGAUUAUUCGGCAUCAAAAGAUUAUCUCUUUUUCCAACAAUAUCGAAGAAUUUUUCUCAAAUAUCGCGCUAAUACAAUUUGUAUCAAAUACUAUGGUUGUGUGUUCUCUAGGAUUUCUUAUUGUAAUCGCCACGCUCAGUCGAUUGGUCAGGUUUGGUCUUUACGGUUACGGUAUAUGGCCAUAUGCACCGUCCACUGUGGUGUUUAGAUCGUUCUGGAUCAUAAUGCUAAGCAUGGCCCAAGUCUUUCAAUACCGAUUCGUAAUAAUGAACAUUCAUAUGGACGAUUUUUCCCAGUAUAUGGAUGGAGUGAGCUGCGCAAUGACAUAUACUCUACUUUAUAUUAAGCUCGUUAUUCUUUGGACCCAUCAACGUGCGUAUAAUAUUAUGAUUUACAUUAACACGAAUGGUGCACUGAUCUUCCGUAGAGUAUUUUUCGAUGUAUUGCAAAUGAUGUCUACGGAUUGGCAAGACUACACUUCAAACCACUAUAGUUCACGUAUAAUGACAGACACGGCGAAUGUUGCACAUCGCACCUCGAGAUGGAUCGUCGGCACGCAAGUAGUCGCUGUAUUUUUAUACGUUGCCGGUGUAUUCGCCGCUAAUGCAAACGAUCCUGAAAGAUUAGAGCCGUACGCGCGAGAGCUUGUUCUGAAGAUGGAGCUGCCGUUCAAUAUUAGCACAAAUUUUAUUUACAUGACAGUACAAAUUGUUCAAAUUUAUCAUCUGCUUUUAGUCGCCUAUGGCGUUACGAUUAUUAACUCACUUCUUGUCACUCUGAUACUUCACAUUUGUGGUCAAAUUGACAUUCUUCGAAAAUGGUUGUCAAAAGUUUUUUCCAAAAAUUCGGAUUCGAUGAACAUAAUUACUAUGCGAUCUUUGAUCAUGAAGCACCAGCGCAUUAUAGUAUUUGCAGAAAAUAUCGAGACUCUUUAUACGUAUAUUGCAUUGAUGAUGCUCUUAUCAGACACGAUGAUUACAUGUUGUGUAGGAUUUAUUAUCGUCAUCUCGCUCGACACACCGAAUGCCGCAGCGAUUUUGGUGAAAUCUGUAUUAUUCUACAUCUCGAUAAACCUCGAGGCAUUCAUAUACUGUUUCUGUGGCGAAUAUCUGAGCGCCAAGAGCAAAAUGAUUGGAAAUGCGAUAUACAAUUCUCUCUGGUAUGAUUUUCCAGCCAAAGAAGGUCGAACUAUACUGUUUCUUAUUCUGAGAUCACAAAAAAGAUUGACGAUCACUAGCGGAAAAAUCGUCGACCUUUCCUUGGAGCGAUUUACCAGUGUAGUAAAAGCAUCGUUGUCGUAUAUAUCAGUGCUAUUGGCAAUGUAUUGA